GGGAAUUAGUGGAUAACCAUAAACACAAGCUAAGUCGUCGAUACAUAUUAUUAUUUUAAACGUGAACUGGGUAACUCGCAGAGAUUUAUUUAUUUUAUUUCUUAUUUUUAGGAUUAGAUUUUGUUCUGUAAGAAAAAUCUGAUGUCAGAGAGCUGCAACUCCCGGCACUUCUCAUGGCUCAUGAAAUCUUGCUUACCCAAUCCCUCCGACGCCAAAUCACUCGUUCCCAUCCACCACCACGCGAAUCCUCCUGCCACCGUCACGCCGAUCUCUUCUCUGCCUGACGAUUUGUUGCUCGAGUGUCUCUCCAGAGUCCCUUCCUCUUCCAUUCCUUCUCUCACCGCCGUAUGCCGCCGCUGGUCUCGCCUCCUCCUCUCUCCCUACUUCCUCCACCUCCGCCGUCGUCUAGGCCUCCUCCGGCAUUCUCUUUUCGCCAUCUCCGCCGUCGAUUCCGGACUUUUCGCCGCGGUUUUGCAGCCUCAGUCUGAGGUUCCGUCGUGGAGAGUCUCACUCGCUGUCUGCAACGACGGCGGUCAGGGGAGUCUGUCUCACGCGCGUGCGGCGGCGAUUGGACCGAGGGUUUACGUCGUUAGUAGAAAUGCGGUUUUGAGAUACGAUUCUUGGACGGGGACUGUUGCGUUGAGGUCGCCGAUGAUUUUCCCUCGGAAGAAGUUCGCGAUCGCCGUCGUUUCCGGGAAGAUAUAUGUUGCUGGUGGAGGUGGUGGUUCGGAAGUCACGGCGGCGGUGGAAGAGUACGAUCCGGAGAGAAACCGUUGGGAGGUGGUGACUCACGCGGCGAGGAAGAGAUACGGAUGCAUCGGAGCAGCCGUUGACGGAGUUUUCUACGUGAUCGGAGGUUUGAAGAUCGGAAACGAGACGUCGGUGACGUCACGCGGCACGGCGGCGCACGUUUACGCGAGCUCCAUGGAUCUCUUCGACGUGAGAUCGCGUCAGUGGCUGAGGAGCCGUUCCGUUCCCGGAGGUGGAUGCGUGGUGGCGGCUUGCGCGGCGGUGGGACACGUGUACGUGCUGAGCAGCCACGCGGUGGAGCUAUCGUUCUGGCGAUUCGACGCGCGUCGCGGCGGAGGCGGUGGAUUCGGGGAAUGGACGAGGCUGAAGAGCCCGCCGUUGCCGGCGCAGGUGAGGUUAGACGGGACGGUGAGGUUCAGCUGCGUCGGCGUGGAGGAUAAAGUGGCGGUGGUUCAGGUGGUGGGGUGCAUUGACGAUUUGCUGCGACGGAGUGGGAGGAGCGAGAGGGGGCUGAGAGAGAGCCUUGUGUUGUUGUACGAUACGGUGGAUGGAGAGUGGAGGAGAGCGGCGGAUCUACCGGAAAUGAUUACACGCGCCGCGUGCGCGUGUGUGGAGUGGUAGAGCGGGGUCCACGGCGCAGGAUUAAGCGUAAGAGAUGUGGGGAGAGGCUAACGUACGCAGCAGUUAAAGGGGACAAAACAAAAUCAUUGUGAUAGGUGCACGUUACUCUAUUAAGUGGUUUGAAUAUCGAGGAGGAAAAAAGGUGGACGACGUCUUGAGCUUGUGACCUUAUUGGUUUAUUGUGUUUCCCAAUUAAACAAAAAAGACUUUAUCACUUUGGAUUCGAACUUGGGACUUUGUACUCAAGGAUAAGAGAUUCUGUAUUCAUUUACUUUUUAGUUUGUAGAAAGUAAUUAAACAAAACUAAUCUUUCUUUUAGGUGUCUAGUUUUCUUGGGAUUGUGAUUUGUUAAGAUGUAUUGAAUGUGGGCCUACUAAAAGAGGUUAAAGCUUGGGCCCAAAUUAAAACGUUGGUGUUUUUGAGUUUA